AUGGAGCAAAUUUGGCCUCUUUUGGAGGACUUCUUUGGCCUGCACAAGUGGUUCCCAACUCUCACAACUUGUCUUGGUGUUAGAGGCACAUCGGGGGUAGCUGGGUGCGUGCGGUUCUGUGCUGGGUUCAAGACUCCGGUUGAUCCUAAAAGUGACCAGAACCAAGACCAAGAGAAGGUGAACUGGACUAAGCAGAAGCUGCUGAGUAUAGACCCAGCAAAUAUGACAUUUAGUUACUCUAUCAUAGAUGGGAAUGUUGGGUUUAACUCAUACAUUUCGACCGUUCAAGUGGUGCCGAAGGAUGCCGGGUGUACGAUUAUGUGGAAGUAUGAAGUUGAACCAGUGGGGGGAUGGAGGCUGGAGGAUCUGGACCUGUUUAUUGGCACUGGCUUGCAAGUCAUGGCUAGCAGAAUGGAAGCCUCUUUCCAGCUCCAAGUUGAAUAAUUGGAAACACAAAAGUGAUUUAUUAGUCUCUCUGUUGAGGUGUUUAUUGUAAAACCCUGCAAUAAAACCGGCAAUAAAAUCUUGUAAGGUUGAU